UGGGAGUUUACAGGUCCAUUAUAUGUGUUUUCUUUGGGGAAUGUGCAAGUAUUGUAUGUGAACAAUCCUGACUUGGCGAAAGAGAUAACGACUUGCACGUCGCUGGACUUGGGCAGGCCUUCGUAUCAGCAGAAAGUACUCGGGCCCUUACUCGGAAAGGGAAUCCUGCCGUCGAAUGGAUCCAUUUGGGCACGGCAGAGGAAGAUUAUUGCUCCUGAACUGUUUAUGGACAAAGUCAAGGGUAUGAUGAGCAUAAUUACUGAGUCGGGUCUCGAGCUAGUAGAUUCGUGGAAACACAAAGUUGAGAGUGAAAAAGGUGGAGUUGUUGAAAUCGGUGUGGAUCACUGUAUGAAGAGAUUUUCCGGGGACAUAAUAUCCAGAGCUUGUUUUGGUAGUAGCUACUCCAAAGGCCAAGAGAUUUUCUUGAAGUUCGAUGUUCUCCAAGAGAUUAUGUCCAAGAGGACAUUUACAGCUGUAGGUAUUCCAGGAUUAAGGCAUCUUCCUACAAAGAGAAACAGGCAAAUUUGGGCACUAGAGAAGGAAAUCAGUGCAUUGAUCUUGAAGAUAGUGAAGGAAAGGCGACAAGCAGGACGCGAGAAAGACUUGCUCCAAACACUUCUUGAAGGUGCAAAGAGUAGUUAUUCUACCUCGGCUGCAAUCGAUCAGUUCAUCGUUGAUAACUGCAGAAACAUAUAUUUAGCUGGAUUCGAGACUUCUGCUGUGUCGGCUUCUUGGUGUCUCAUGUUGUUGGCUUCGAACCCGGAAUGGCAAACACGCGUCAGAGAUGAGGUUGAGGAAGUUUGUCAGGGUCGAAUACCAGAUACAGACAUGCUUCGUAAGAUGAAACAGUUGCAUAUGGUGAUUCAAGAAACGAUGCGCCUUUACCCUCCGGCGCCUACCCUGGCAAGGGAGGCGUUCAAAGACGUGAAGAUAGGCAACAUUCGGGUGCCCAAGGGCGUAAACGUAUGGACUAUGGUGACAGCAUUGCACACCGACACAGCCCUUUGGGGUGCAGAUGCGCUUGAAUUUAAACCACAAAGGUUUGGAAAUGGAAUUUCUGGUGCAUGCAAGAGCCCAAACGCAUACAUGCCAUUUGGGUUCGGACAGCGGGUUUGCGUUGGACAGCACCUGGCGAUGGUUGAGCUGAAGUUGCUGAUGGCUCUUAUUCUUACCAAUUUCUCUUUCACAUUGUCUCCUAAUUAUGUUCACUCACCAGUUAUGAAGAUGAUUGUAGAGCCGAAGCAUGGAGUUCAGAUUAUUGUUAAGAAGCUGUGAUCAACAA